CACAUGCUCAACGACGGUUGUAAAUCCCACAGCAUACCCCCUUAUACACACUCAAAAUAAUACAAACAUUGUCAUCAGUACCUGACAUUUCCCCGUCUUCAACUAACACAGCCGUCAUGACGUUGAGCAAUCGGUAUGGAAGAAAAACAACGAGGAUGUGUUUAUUUGAAGACUCGUGAAAAUGAUAAAUGAUUGAAUCCAACCGAAACACUUUAAAAUAAGUGUUUAGCUGUUUCACAAUGGAACACUUGUUUUUUAACACUUGAAAAGAGCAUUAAACAUAUAGGAAAGUUGGAAACCAUAAGCUCUAAUUUGUUACCAAUUUUGCUGUUUGACACUGCCCACAGUUUUCUAGUAAACACCAAGAUGCUUACCAUGAGCAUAACAUGCUGAAAAGAAAUGUCACUGUAGUAAAAAGUAAUUAUAUUCAUCUUAGAAGGGGCCGACAAGGAGGAAGCCCUUAUAUAGCCACUGUGCAUUUCCUACCAUGGGCUUUUCACAUUCUCCAGGUCCUGACAAUUUUAUGUUAUUAUAAACUCCUCAGAAUCGACCUGACUCAUCCUUAUACCGUCAAUCCCUGUGACCUCCCCCUGACGUUCUCCAUUACCUCCUUUAUAAGGAUGCACACUGUGCUACACUUUAGAAUUUGGGGUGAAGACAGCUUUGUAGUUAUUUCUCUAUUUAUUUGUUAUUUAUUUAAUUUAUUCUGUUGAUAUAUCCAGAAACAUUGCAGAACCAGAUUUAUUUUUAUUUUUUUGCAAGAGCUCUCUCGUCAAUUUCAUCUCGCAAAUGUCCUUGUGUGCACACAUCUCCCUGUUCUCCUGCUCCCUUCUGGGCCUCCUAUCUCUCUCUAUAUCAUCAUAUAUUCCUGACUCCAACCCACUCCUGCUCUUCAAUGAUCAAGUCAGAGAAAGACAUCUCUACACAGAUAAUCAAAGAAAAGAACUGUUUCUGGAGAUGACCCCAGAUGGAAAAGUGACAGGAAGCCCUGCUCAGACCUCUCACAGUGUGUUGGAGAUGAGGUCAGUUCGAGAAGGUGAGACAGUUAUCAAGGGUGUGUCCUCAUCCCUUUUCCUCUGUGUGGACAGCAUUGGCCAGUUGAGGGGACAGAGCCACUACACAGAGGCUGACUGCACCUUCAGAGAGCUGCUGCUAGCUGAUGGAUACUCUCGUUUCUUCUCUUCACAUCACAAACUUUAUGUGUCCCUCACCUCAAAAGGCUCCACACCGCAACAUGGGCUCCCGUUCCAUCGGUUCCUACCCCUGAGAAACAUUUUGGUAUCUAGAAGUAUGACGAAUACAGCUGAAAAUCAACAACAGAAUCAGCAACAGCUUGACCUGGACUCAGAUAACCCUUUCGGCAGGGGUCUCACUGGUGUUGUCAGUCCACAGUUCUCCAGGGAUAAGUGAAGUUGAAAAUUGAGUUUGUUGAUGGAAGUAUACAAGGAACCGAGUAUAUUUAUUUAAAGGUAUACUGGAUUGUAUAACCAUGUUAAUUCCUAAAGUGAUUUUUUUUCACUUGUGGUAGAAACACUGUUACUUUUAUUGGCCCGUGGCAAAUGUUUUGGUUCGAAGAGUUCAGUAAGUAGAUGGUGAACUUUAGUUCCAUAACUCUAUGAUGGGACUGACUGGUGUGUAUAUGGUCUCACUUUGAAUGUCAUGUUGAAUAUGUUAUAUGCAGUAUAUUUCUCUCUUGUGUUUUGAAUUCAAGUUUGAAUCAUUGUACUGUAGCUAUAAUUUAUUUGCGUUAUUUAUAUUUUUAAACCUUUUGAAGCCUAAAUGCAACCUAGUCUCAGAUGAUUUUGCAUUAAUCUGUAUGUAUAUCCAAGACACACUUUUUAUUAUGAGAUGUUACAUUUCGUAUGAAUGUAGUCCUUUGUGGAGGUCCAGCAUCCAUUUCGUAUUAUAUGUUACAAAUUUCAAUUUGUAUGAUAUGAUACUAAUUUGCAAACGUACAAUAUGUAACGCUUUUGCAAAAAUGUAUGAUAUGUUAUCAAUUCCAAUUGUUUUGUUGCCAACGUUAGCUAGGUGGCUAAGUGGCUAACGCUAACAUUAGCUAGCUGGCUAAUGUUAGCUAGGCUAGGGAUUAGGGUUAAGGAUAGGGUUAAGGUUAGGAGUUAGAUUAAAGGUUUAAGGAUAGGGGAAGGGUUAGCUAACAUUCUUAGUAGUUGCAAAGCAACUAAAAAGUAGUAAGUAGCUGAAAAGUUGCUAAUUAGCUAAAAUUAUAAAAUUGUCCGUUAUGAAAUUUGAAGACGCAACCUUUGGGUUGCUACACAUUCGCGUUAUAUGUCAACCCAUCCACCCAUCCCUUCUUACAUGAUUGCUUUAAGUAACCUUCUGUCUUAUGUAACCAUAGCACCAUAUCAUACUAAUUUGAGUUUCCCGGAUUUAAUUUUACUAUGUUACGUCUAGUCUAUGAGACCAGGUUGCUAAAUUAUGUAUGAACAAUAGUUCUAUCUGGCUUUUGACACCAUGUCUAGGAGCUUAUUGAUAUUAGAGUCCAAGAGAGUAUUGCUAAAUAAAUAAAGAGUAAUUUUGUAACACUUAGCUUUAUAUGUGCUCAUGUUUUCUAGUAAAGUAUGACUAGGCUGUCUGCAGAUAUCCAGUGAAAAUACCAGCUAGAUCAUGUUAUUAAUUUAAUUCUAAAACACUGAAUAGCAAUACAAUGAAAAUACCAAAAGCAGCAAGGAUGCUCAAGUAGAGAUACUAAAAUGGAGGAAUAGGCCAGACCAACCAGGGCAGUUCUUCUGGAGAAAUGCUUAAACACAUCACACCAUAAAUAGCUAAUAAGUGCUGAGUGUUUGGAAGGUUGUAGCCAACAUAAUGAACCCUUUGAUUAAUUAGGAUCCCCAUUAGCCUGACGCCAAUGGCGACAGCUAGUCUUACUGGGGUCCCGAUAUAUAACGAAAAAUACAUUACAAAAGACUUUACAAUUUACAUACACUUAAAAACAUAAACAUGUAGUGUGUGUGUGUGUGUGUGAAUCUAUCAGUUAUGCAUGGAGUACUAGGGGGUAACUAGCCCCCCCCCCCCCCCCCCUAAGAACAAUGUGUAAUUGUUGACACAAAAAAGCAACAUUUGGAAGAAAGAAACGGUAUGUGGAUGAAGAUCAUGCUUAGACAAAUAAACUAUAAAGGGAAAUAAAUGGCUACAGUUUACACUGGGUGUUUUUUUUAAGUACCCAGGUACCUUGACAUUCAGGAGCAAAAGGUAUUUAAUCAUUUUUAAUUCAUAAAAAAAAACAUUAAUUGGAAUAUAAUAUUGGAAUGGAAUAUAACUAACAACAUUAAAUAACAUUGGAAUGUAACAUUUAGUAACAAUAACUGAACUAAUUAACUCAGUGUAACAUUGAUGUGGCAACUUUCAU